AUGUCGGCCAGCAACGGUUCGGCUCGCUGUUCACGUCGCAAGCUGUUUGCACCUACACCAAUUGGCACCAGUACGAGCAGCAGGACAAGCAGCCACACCGCCUCCGUCGCUGCCACCUCUGAGCAUGACAGUAGCCUACGAACGCCGAGUCUCGUCAACGGUGUCGAAUCAGACGCAGCGCUAGCAGCAUCCAUGUCGGCAUCCGAAGUACGUCGUUCGUACUCUCUACGUCGUCGUACGCGCACUGCUUCUACCAGCUCGACAAGCACUCAUACUCACAAUGCUACACAGAGCAAGUCCAAACGAACAUCCGCCAAGCGGUCUCGAGCAGCUCUUUCAUCUUGCACAGCCUCGGAAGAGGAAAGUGAUUCAGCUGCCGGUUCAGACUUCUGCCAGGACGCAGCCAACGAUACGUCUGAUCACGAUAGCGAUGUAUUUGGCGAUGAUUCGACUACGAACCGCAAGAAUGCGCGAGCCAGCACAUCGCGCAAGACGUCUCGAAAGAUCAAGGCGGACGACGAGAAGGAAUCAAGUCCGAAGCAGCAGCAGCAGCAGCGUCGAGCGAGCAAGUCGGUAUCUUUGUCACCCAAGAAGCGCGCAGCCUCAUCGCCGUUUUCGAUCUCGCCGCGAAAAGUGAGCAAGAAAGCGUGGAAAGUGAACCUGGAAGCGCACGAAGCGCAUCCCGCACCCUUGCACUGGGAGGAGGUGUACGCGCUUCUUGCCAAACAACGCACGCGCAUUGUCGCACCCGUCGACACGAUGGGCUGCGAGGAGAAUGGCCGACAGCACCGACGAGCCGACGCGCAUCGCGCACGCGAAUCGCCCGAGGCGUCCGCAAAGCGAGAAAGACUAGCAACCCUCGUAUCGCUCAUGCUGUCGUCUCAGACCAAAGAUCCCGUCACCGCCGAAGCCGUGUACAACCUGCAGCGAACAUUACCCAACGGCUUGUGCUUGCAGUCGUUACUAGACGCGGAUAACGAGAUGAUCUCGCAAUGCAUCUCCAAGGUAGGCUUUUGGCGCAGGAAGACAGGGUAUCUGAAGAGUGCAGCUAGGAUUUUAGCCGAUGAUUUUCAAGGCGAUGUUCCAAGGACAGUGGAUGAGCUGGUGAGCCUGCCUGGCGUAGGCCCCAAAAUGGCGUUUUUGGCUCUGAGCAGCAUGGGCAUCCAAGUGGGCAUCGGCGUCGAUACCCACGUUCAUCGCCUAACCAACCGGCUCGGCUGGCACAAGACCAAGACGCCCGAAGAGACCAGGCUCAACCUCCAAUCUUGGCUACCCACCCAAUUGCACGCUAACAUCAACCGACUACUCGUCGGCUUUGGCCAGGUCAUCUGCGUCCCAGUCGGCCCGAGGUGUGAUCUAUGCGAUGUAGGCCGAGCCGGUCUCUGCCCAAGCUUCCGGAAAGUUGACCCGAAGAGUAUCGAGAAACGCGUCAAAGUCGAGAUGCUUGCUAGCGACCAUGCCGGCGUGGCGCUGCACCACAAUUCGGUCAAGCUCAAGAGCGAAAGUGAGCACACUGCUGAGGCGAGGCUCAAAGUCGAGCUCCAAGUGGACGAUCCACAUAACACACACAUCCUGCAGGUGGCAGAUCUGAUCAAGCCACAAGUCGACCAACAGCAAAUAGCGUCGAUCAGCAUCAAGCAAGAAGACGACACCGACACUGUGUCGGUAGACAAAGCCUUGGAUUGGUAG